AUGGAGAAACCUGAAGUUGAUCUGCGCGUUGUUUAUUCUUUAAUCAAAAACGGAACAUUACUAAAUGAAGUCGGUAAAGUUCCUGCUGAAUUGUUGAAGCCAUAUUUUCCAUCUCUAAUUAGUGCUACAAUAUCGGCGCAAAAAGCAACUGCAUCGGCUUUUGAGGCCCUUCGAGAUCGUUUACUAGAAUUUGCCGAUUGCAACAGCUAUGCUGAACUUUUGUCGGUUGAUGCUGCGGAGUUUGAAAGAGCUGUCACCGAAUCAAACAAAAAUAGUGAAACGAAAAGGAGGAAAUUUGAGUUUAAUAGCCUCACUGCAUUAGAUAAGCUAAGAACAGUAGCAGAUUUCCUUGAUGAAAAUAUUACUGAUGCAACAAGUUAUGCAACUACGUAUGUUAUGGAAUAUUUCAAUCGAAGGAAGUGUUUGGAUGAAUUAGUGUGCGCUGUUGUAGCCUGUGCGAAACUGAUGCCAACUCGUUUUGACCUUCCGCUUGUUGUGCGCCAACUACUCGUGAUAAGUAAUGCUCCGGAAAUUAUUUGUUUGGCAGCAUGUAAUCUCCCUGACUCGCUGCGAGUUACGGUCGACGCAUUGUUGUCAGUACAGCUUCCGGAUGAAGAAAGCGUAGCCGCAAAAAAUCGAAGUUUAGCACUGCUUAAGGCAAGGGACAUUAAUCUUGUGCUGACUGUUAUGUGUAAAUGCUUGGAUAAUUCAGAGUUUAUUUCGAGACUUUUACAUUCUUUGCAUUCGAGAUCACCAAUCGGGGCUUUUAUUCAGAAGUCAAACAAUAAACCGUCUGUCAAGUUGUUGCGUGACAGAGUUUCAAAUGCCAUUUUGGACUUCUCAGGAAACUCAGAAAACGAAUUUUGUGAAGAAACUCGCAUGGCACAACUUCUCGCUGCGCUGAGGCAUUUAGCUGGUAUUCGUUUAAGUGCCGAUGAGUCACGGAGUUGGCUUUUGUUUCUCACCAGGACAGAGUGUGAAGACGACCAGUACAUCUGCGUUGCUUUAGCUGCUUUGGUGGCUUAUCCGCAGCUAAUUCCACCACACCUAACGGAGGAAGAAGAAAUCGAGGCAUCUCUGAUAGCAUUUUUUGACUGGUUGAAACAACUUGCAAGUGGGGACAUGCGUCCUAUGCAACAAUUCUUUUUGCUACUUUCGAUACACCUUCAUGCAGCCCAGUGUGAGCAGAUCAAUGCUCUUAUAUCUAGUGAAUUGAAAUUUAAAGUAGUUGUCAACAUUCGAAGUUUGGCGGCAUUGAGGAAUUUAUUUUUACGGCAUGGCUUGUCGGAACGUGACAUUGCAGAACUUGCUUCGCGUGUUGGAGUUACCCGGACUCUUUGUAGCACGGUUCAAGGUUAUCUUCCGGUACACUGUAUUACGCAGCUUCUUUCUACACAUUCCUUUUCAAAGCACCUCAUCCCAGUCAGGGAAUGGGUAUCGGCUCAAAUACUGGAGUGUACGACUCCACUGCAUCCAGCUGUAGUGGAUCUUAUGAAUGCAUACGCCGCCAGUUGUUUUUCCUCGACCGAAAGCGAUUCAAAUAAUGCUCCUCUUUCUGAGCAAUUUGUUUUGGUAGUUCUUAGAGAACUAUUUUCUGGUGAAAUUAUGGAUGAUGUCAGAAUUGUUCCAAGAAUUGUGACCUUCUUCUUCUUUCUUUCCUACAAGAAAGCUUUCGACAACGUGCAGAAAGCUGGAGUUCGUUUCUUUUACAGUAAUUAUACUGAGGCAGUAAUUCCUGUACGUUAUCUGUUGAACGUGGUAGAAGCUCGUCCGUUCGAAUUUGAGGCUGUGCGGUCAUCUCUCUUCCUUCUCUGUGGCCAGUAUUAUCCUUAUAUGCUUCCGAUUCCUGAUUCGCUUAUUCCAUCAAUUAGGAGAGAUUUUUCUUCUGAACAGUACCACAUAGGGCGGUUUCCGGUUUCUCCUGACGAUGUUAAUAUUAUUCUGAAGUCGGUCGAGGGUGACCCUUAUCUUGCUAUUCGUAUUUUCGAGAAGCUAGAGUCUCAGUCCUUGAGAGUUUUGAUACAAUACUGUGAAUGCAUAAUCAUUGCUAUGAAAGCUUGCUUACAUGAGUUUGCUCCCUUACCUUUUAUUAAUUCGGUGACCACGGUUUGGAAGAAACUUGAAAAUGUUAUUCCCAGGAAGCUUUUUUUGGAAACUGUGAAGGCUUGGACCGGUGAACCUCUGACUCACGAAAAAUUAGCUGAGCAGCCGCUGUUAUUAUUUCGUUGUAAUGAAGCGGUCUUCGAGAACGAACAGCUGUUUUCAUGCUUUCUUCAUUUUUUAUCAUUCUACACGCUUGCUGGGAGAACAUCCUUGGCGCAAAAGCUUCAUGCUUCGUUAGCGACUCUAGGAAACAAAGAGGAACAGAAGAUGGAGCGAGAAGAAUUGACACGUUCGCUAAUUGGUGCCGAGGACUCAGCUAUUGUUCAGAUACUGCUCGAGAUCUGCGACCGGUUCAACAAUCCUGCAGUACAUGAUCUUGCUUGCGCUCAUAUUCACCAUAUGUUUAUUGCUGAACCACUUCUUCCAAAAGUUGUUCAUUUUCAGGGUUACCCAAGAAAGUUAAUAUCACUCGCAGUGAAAAAAAUUCCUUCUAUGCACAUAUGUAUAAAAUGGGUUCAUGAGCUUCUUGCUGUCCCAGAUUUGUCAAAAAGGCUUUUUGCAAUUGUUUUGAUUGCAGAGUUAGCUGAACAAUAUAAAAUCGAGUCUUCUUACAUGCGGGUCGAAUUAGUUGUUGAUGUGUUGACCACGUUGGAACGUAUGCUGCCUUGCGACGAAAUUUUGUAUCUUACUUAUGGGACCGUUAACUCGUUAGGUCGGAUGAUGUAUCUUUUCCCUCAGGUUACUGCAGAUAUUGCCCACUUUCUGUCUCGUGUUUCAGCGGUUGCAACUUCAAGGAUGUCUGUUUCUGCAACUGUUUUAAAGUCUCCUUUUUGCCUUGAACGACGCUUAGUUGAUUCAAUCAAUAGGAUUCUUACUGAGAGAUCAGUUCUAAAACGAUCCUCAGAGACGGUUAGGUAA